CUCACUUUUGAAGCCCUAACUCUCAAAAUACGUUUUUCUUUCAAUCACCACGAGCUACAGCCACCGCCGCCACCGAGCUGCAUCCACCGCUUCCGGCGAGCUUCAGCCACCGUCGUUGCCGCCGAGAUUUAGCCAUCGCCGUCUGCGAUUGUUUCGUCUCCAACCUUGCCCCGGCGUGGAUUGUUUCGCCUUCAAUAUUUGAAUUUUGAAGUCGAUAUUUGAAGAAUUAAGAGAUGGAUUUUGGACACCGUCAUGGCGGCGGAGUUGCCGGAAAAUGGAAAAAGAGGCCCACAAUUUUCACCGCACCACUCCUCCUCUUCACCUUCACAGUAAUCGCCAUCUUCAUAUCCUCCAAAAUCUUCAUCUCUCCUUCUCUCCUUCCACUUUCCUCAGACUCACGCCCUCCCCAAUGCACCCACACUCCGGGAGACAAGUACCUCUGGUAUGCGCCCCACAGCGGCUUCAGCAACCAGCUCUCCGAGUUCAGGAACGCUAUUUUGAUGGCCGCCAUUCUCAAUCGCACGCUGAUUGUGCCUCCUGUUCUCGAUCACCACGCGGUCGCCCUCGGUAGUUGCCCCAAAUUUAGUGUUUUGGAUCCGAAUGAAUUGAGAUUCAGAGUAUGGAACCAGCUAAUCCGUGAUCGCAGGUACGUAUCCAUGGCGGAUAUCUUUCAUCUCUAGUGGCCACUUCAACUGUCAGGAUUUUUGUGUCAAAGUGGUGUGACGUGAAUCUCAGUUUGGCUUGCACUGCAGACUCAAGUAUGCAUUCAUCAAUGCUUGAUAAACUAAGACAAUGUGGAUCUUUACUAUCUGGAUACGAUGGUAAUGUGGAAGCAUGUUUAUUUGCUUCUCAAGAAGAUUGCAGAACAACAGUAUGGACAUACCAAACUGAUGAUGGGGUUUCGGAUUCAUUUCAAGCUGAUCAAUACCACAUACACAGAGGAGUGUUGGAAUGGAGAAAAAUAUGAUGAUGAUGUAUGUAUUGUGCCCACGCGGGCGUUUCUACUGGGCCUGGGCCCUUUUUAGUACAAAAACACCCGGGUCGGGCGUUUUCGCCAGGUUCGCACUGCUCCGCGCAGCCUUUAUCAAAUGGUCAUAACUUCUUCAUCCGAGCACCGAUUGAGACGUACAAAGUACUCACGCGAAGCUAUUUCAAAUACGAACAUAACGGUGGUAAGAUAAAAGAAUUUGGACAUUGUAUUGAUAGGCAACGAACACUUUGAAUCAGACCCCACCAAUUUGGCUCAUUAUGCCUUCAUUCCGCAUGUACAUUUAUCAACUAAUAUAUAAUAAUUGAUUUUAAUGAUUAA